AGGCAGCCCGCGUCACGUGGUUCGCCGAGCAGCACCGAAUCGGCCGGGAGAGCCGAGGGAGAAUCCGGGUGGAAGCGAGAAAUCCAGCCCGGCUCGCGGCGCCCGGUCCCGCCCCGGCGCCUGCGGGGCCCCCGCAGCGUGCGCGCCCCGCGCCGCCGGAUCGAGCCCCACGCACGGCCACGGCUUGGCCAGCUCUCCAGCCUUCACCCUGUGGGUACAACUCAAGAGAGCGGCAUGCGGCACCCCCUGGCUGGCCCACCAUCUUCUGACCUGCUGUUGACCACCCCCAGGAGGCCCUGACGCCCUGGGGCACUUCUGCUCUGCACAGGACCACGCUGGGGUUUGCCAUGGUGACAUAAAGGGGUGUAGGGGAAGGAAGGAGCAAGACCAGCCUGUAGACUGUGCCCCUGGCUGGGAGAGAGGGCCAGGGGCCCGGAUCCUUCUCUCUGCUGCCCUUUGAAUGUCUUACUUCUAAGUGUCGGAAUUUCUCAAGUCAGUGGACAACUCUUGGGCCUCCUGUGUGAGGCCUUGCGGGGGCCAGGCCAGGCUGGGCCUCUGCUGGUUGAGGUCUUAGGGGCCAGGAUGCCUGCCCUGGCAUGUCUCCGGAGGCUGUGUCGGUACAUGUCCCCACAGGCUGUGCUUUUCCUGCUGUUCGCCUUCUGCCUGUUCAGCGUCUUCGUCUCUGCCUACUACCUGUACGGUUGGAAGCGGGGCCUUGAGCCCUCAGCAGAUGCCUCGGAGUCUGACUGUGGGGACCCUCCACCUGUGGCCCCCAGCCGUCUCCUGCCAAUCAAGCCUGUGCAGGCAGUUGCCCCUUCCCGAACAGACCCACUGGUGCUGGUCUUUGUGGAGAGCCUCUAUUCACAGCUGGGCCAGGAGGUAGUGGCAAUCCUGGAAUCUAGCCGCUUCAAGUACCGAACAGAGAUUGCACCCGGAAAGGGGGACAUGCCCACACUCACUGACAAGGGCCGUGGCCGCUUUGCCCUCAUCAUCUAUGAGAACAUCCUCAAGUAUGUCAACCUGGAUGCCUGGAACCGGGAGCUGCUGGACAAGUACUGUGUGGCCUACGGCGUGGGCAUCAUUGGCUUCUUCAAGGCUAAUGAGAACAGCCUGCUGAGUGCACAGCUCAAAGGCUUCCCUCUUUUUCUGCAUUCGAACCUGGGCCUGAAGGACUGCAGCAUCAACCCCAAGUCCCCACUGCUCUACGUGACGCGGCCCAGUGAGGUGGAGAAGGGCGUGCUGCCCGGCGAGGAUUGGACUGUCUUCCAGUCCAACCACUCUACCUAUGAACCAGUACUGCUGGCCAAGACGCGCUCCUCCGAGUCCAUCCCACACCUGGGUGCAGAUGCGGGCUUGCAUGCCGCACUGCAUGCUACUGUGGUUCAGGACCUGGGCCUCCACGAUGGCAUCCAACGUGUGCUGUUUGGCAACAACCUCAACUUCUGGCUGCAUAAGCUUGUCUUUGUGGAUGCUGUGUCCUUCCUCACAGGGAAGCGCCUCUCACUGCCUUUGGACCGAUAUAUCCUGGUGGAUAUCGAUGACAUUUUUGUGGGCAAGGAGGGUACACGCAUGAAGGUGGAGGAUGUGAAGGCCCUGUUUGAUACACAGAAUGAACUUCGUGCACACAUCCCAAACUUCACCUUCAACCUGGGCUACUCAGGGAAGUUCUUCCACACAGGUACUGACGCGGAGGAUGCUGGGGAUGAUCUGCUGCUGUCCUACGUGAAAGAGUUCUGGUGGUUCCCCCACAUGUGGAGCCACAUGCAGCCCCACCUGUUCCAUAACCAGUCUGUGCUGGCUGAGCAGAUGGCCCUGAACAAGAAGUUCGCUGUCGAGCACGGCAUUCCCACAGACAUGGGGUAUGCAGUGGCGCCCCACCACUCCGGUGUGUACCCUGUGCAUGUGCAACUGUACGAGGCCUGGAAGCAGGUGUGGAACAUCCGUGUGACCAGCACAGAGGAAUACCCCCAUCUGAAGCCCGCCCGCUACCGCCGUGGCUUCAUCCACAAUGGCAUUAUGGUCCUCCCUCGGCAGACCUGUGGCCUCUUCACACACACCAUUUUCUACAACGAAUACCCUGGAGGAUCCAGUGAGCUGGACAAGAUCAUCAAUGGGGGCGAGCUCUUCCUCACUGUGCUCCUCAAUCCUAUCAGCAUCUUCAUGACACACUUGUCCAACUAUGGAAAUGACCGCCUGGGGCUGUACACCUUCAAGCAUCUGGUUCGCUUUCUGCACUCUUGGACCAACCUGAGACUGCAGACACUGCCCCCUGUGCAGCUGGCCCAGAAGUACUUCCAGAUCUUCUCUGAGGAGAAGGACCCACUUUGGCAGGAUCCUUGUGAGGACAAACGCCACAAAGACAUCUGGUCUAAGGAGAAGACAUGUGACCGCUUUCCAAAGCUUCUCAUCAUUGGCCCCCAGAAAACAGGCACCACGGCCCUCUACCUGUUCCUGGGCAUGCAUCCGGACCUCAGCAGCAACUACCCCAGCUCCGAGACCUUUGAGGAGAUCCAGUUUUUUAAUGGUCACAACUAUCACAAAGGCAUCGACUGGUACAUGGAGUUCUUCCCUAUUCCCUCCAACACCACCUCUGACUUCUACUUUGAGAAAAGUGCCAACUACUUUGAUUCAGAAGUGGCACCACGGCGGGCAGCUACCCUGUUGCCCAAGGCCAAGAUCCUCACCAUCCUCAUCAAUCCAGCCGACCGAGCUUACUCCUGGUACCAGCACCAGCGAGCCCAUGAUGACCCAGUGGCCCUGAAGUACACCUUCCAUGAGGUGAUCACUGCUGGCCCUGAUGCAUCCUCAAAGCUGCGUGCCCUCCAGAACCGUUGCCUGGUCCCUGGCUGGUAUGCCACUCAUAUUGAACGCUGGCUGAGCGCCUUCCAUGCCAACCAGAUCCUGGUCUUGGAUGGCAAACUGCUGCGAACAGAACCUGCCAAAGUGAUGGACACAGUGCAGAAAUUCCUCGGGGUGACCAGCACUGUUGACUACCACAAAACCUUGGCGUUUGACCCAAAGAAAGGAUUUUGGUGUCAACUGCUUGAAGGCGGAAAAACGAAGUGUCUGGGCAAAAGCAAGGGACGGAAAUACCCAGAGAUGGACUUGGAUUCCCGAGCCUUCCUAAAGGAUUACUACCGGGACCACAACAUCGAGCUCUCUAAGCUGCUGUAUAAGAUGGGCCAGACGCUGCCCACCUGGCUGCGGGAGGACCUCCAGAACACCAGGUAGCCUCGGCUACCACAGCCAGACGGAACGCUUGUGUUAGCAGGGGUGUCCUGCCUCACACUGAGCCAGACUGACCUGCCGAGAAGGGUGCUGGGCCCGGCCAGCCGAAAGCAACGAGCAAUACUCUGCGAAGGCCCGUGGGGCCGGAAGCCCAGGCAGGUCUGCAAGCGCCUCAGAGCAUCCUCCGCUGGAUGUGCGGCCGAUGGGGCCUCUCCGAUACCCGAGGUCCAUUCCGUUCGCAGCUUCCCUGCCUGGGGAGACCGCUUCCUGCUGGGGGAAGGUCAUUCCUGGUGGGGGGAGUCCUGGAGACUCUCCUGCCCCUCCUCACUGUGCUCUGCCCACCCUGCCCUUCCCUUGGUCCCCUCAGUAUUAGCUGCCAUAUCUCCCUGUCCUCCAGACAGUAAAGGGGAAAGAGUGCAGCCGGGCCCUUCGUCCCCAGGGAGAAAGCCUGGGCACAUCCUUGAGGGGUUUGAGCCAGGCUCUGUCAGGGUUCAGCUGGGCACCCGGGUGCACUCAUUGGAUUGGAUGUGAGGGUGGCCAUCUUGAGAGGACUUAUGACCUCUGCAUUUGGGUUAAUAUUAUCACAUCUCAGCUCUCCUUUGGGGGAGAGACUCUCUGGUCCCUAUAGUGUCCACCUAGUGCUCAUGGUCUCUUGUAGGCCCUGGGCCACUGCCAUGCCACUGGGCCUAGAGACAUGGGCCUUGGCCCUGUCCUGUGCACCUGGAUGUGACUGUGGUGUUUCCUGUGGUAACGGCUGAGGCGAGUCAGGAGUCUGCCAGUAUCCAUGCUCCCGUGUACAUACAUCGUUUUACAGCCACUGCCUCGGCCCAGCAGACAUGGCAGAGCUAGCAAGACUGCUGUCCACCGCUUUGCCCAGCAACCUGUGGCCGAGGGUCCCCAGAGACCCCUUAACCUCCCAAAUACUAAGAAGCUAAAGUAUUUUAA